AUGCCGAAAAUAUAUCACUGCAUGGCAACGCUGUCCUGCAAGUUGCACGAUUUUCAUUUGGCAUUGGUUCUGCUUUCCAGGGCCAUUGUUGUCAACCGUUCGCGUCCCUAUUUCUUGAAUCUUUGGGCAAGAUUUGUUUCCAUCCGCCAGUUGGCACUUGCGCACGGGAAAACUGCCGAUGAAGGAUGCGCCAAUUUUUACGAGACGUACUUCUGCGGCUGUGGGGUCGACGCCAAUGUCGUACUUGACAGUGCCCUUUUAUUCUGUGAUCAACUCAGGGCAACCGAGUCACUGUCCGACCUUGAGUUCGAGAAAAUUAUUACCCACGCCGCUCUGUGUUUUGCAUCUGACCCGUUGGUCAGAGCAAGGGCUUUUCUGAAUUUGGCAGUCCAAAAAUACAGCGACGUUGAUGCCGUAAAGUCGAUUGCUCUGGCUGUUCAGUACUGUGCCGAAUGCAUUCGACUGGCGAAUAGCGCCACGGACUGUGCUCGGAAGCAUGCUAUCUUGUUCAGCGCGUACGUUUGGUUCCACAUGUGCAGGAUGCAGAAAAUCAGAAGCGCGGUGAACUUCACAUACAAAGAUUUAGACAGCGGCAUUUCGUUAAACAUUGCACCUCGCUUCUUGGAGAAUUCAGAAGAGUACGCUGUGCUGAAGGCAGCGUGGACCGUGUGGGAGCAGCAUUUGAUUGAUAAUAGCUUCGCUAUGUUAAACGUUGACGAACAGUGCUCGUAUGUGGAAUACGUACGCAAAUUAAUGGUGCUGAUGCUACUCAGCGGAGAUAACGACCGCGGCAUCCGCCUCAGUUUUUGGAUAUUCAAGUACAGCAACCGUUUCGCCGAUUUCGGUAAUCUAGUAUUGCUCUGUGUUCAACAUGGCUUGUCCAAAUUGGCUUGUGCCUUAUAUGAGCAGUGCGUCAGCGACUUAACAACAAUGAAUGGUUUCGACGAAGGAUAUCUGCAAUUGUUGAAGCUGCUCGCAUUUUCUUCGACUGCUUCGGUAGACAAACUUGCAACGUUACUGGACAAGGUGACGCCGUACUACUAUGAAGUUCCUGCAAGUUCUGGUGAAUUUUGCAGGAGACAGUUCAUGUAUUAUUACGCGUUGCACCUUUGCCUGACAAGACGUCGUCAGGAGAUUCCUGACAAUGCUGUUUCGUUGUACGCCAGUUGGACAACGCCGCUUUACAAUGCCUUCCGUUGUUCUACCGCGGCCGUCAAGCGUUGCGUUCAGAGUGAAGACGUGUUCCAAGAUUUAAGUGAUAUUAAGCCAGCAUCCGGUGACGCCUUAUUCGAUUUCUACCGCUACGUAUGGGCGACGUUGGAAACUGGCGACGCUCACCACAUGGUCGGUUUGCAACAUCAUGCCAUUGCGUACUACUCCGAAGGAUGCGCAAUCGCAAUUAAGCUCUGUUAUCCAUACUGGGCUUUGCGGUGCCUGAACGAAAUUACGAAGCUACUGACGCUGAGUAACAGCAGCGUCGAGUGUUCUCUGAUGGUAUUGGCAAAUUUCUUACUCGAAUACGUAGCGAGCACAUUGCGGAAGUUUUUCGUGUCGAAACACAUAAGUAUUACCCGUAAUCUCUUUCGUUUCUAUGUGUUGGACUGCAAAGACAUGUGUCGCUGUGCAUUUUGCACGCAUCCGCUCAUACAACUAGAGCUUGUCGAGCUCGUUUCUCAACUGACGUUGUAUUUCGUCACAAACGAUCACGGGAAUUUUCUCGAGCAUUUUCGAGUGAGCCUGUCUGAAUUUAAUUCGACAUCCAGCCGUCUUGAAAAUCGCCUGAAAGCACAGCUGAACGAAGAGGUGUCGUUUGCGGUAGGCUGGGAGGAAGUCUUCCUCAGAAAGUCGUCUCUUGUCAAAUGUUCAAUUCUGUGUGAAGUGUUUCUGCAGCUCUUGCAAAAAAAUAUGAUCAUGAAAGAUGCUUGCGCUGUCGACGACACUCUCAAGCUUUACCCGUUGGUUAAAGCGUUUUUCAGUCCAUUUCACACGCUGAGAUACAAUUACUUCAGAGCUGUCAUCCAAGCAGUGGUGAAUGGGAAAAGUUACAACUCAUUAACGGCGCUUCUGUCCAGUUUGCAUAUGAACCCUAAAGCAACUCGUGCAACAAAGUGUAAGACAUCGCGGGCCAGAGUCAAAUCCCGAGCUAAUGGCGAUAUAACCACCACGAAGCUGAACAAGUUGGUGACCGAAAUAGAAGCGGACUUGGCCAGCUUUAGCCAUCUCAUGUUCUACCCGUGGUACGCAGAAGUUAAUGAAUUUCUGGCGUACGCAAAUAUCAAAAAGGAUGCUUGGAAUGUCGCAUACCAUCUUUCUGAAAAAUGGACCGUCAUAUUGCUUCACCUUAACUCCAUUAUACUCGGUCAGAAUUUGCUGCUUGUGCGGAUGAGUGCUCGUGCCAGUCCGUAUGUUCAAGAUCUGGGACCGGUUUUGGAAGAGGUAUCUAACUUUUAUAAGAACAAUGCGCUUCUCGAAUUUGAUGAGAUUUUGAAGCAAAGUGCAGAUUCGUUGAAGACUAGUAACAGGGAAGAAUUCUGGCGCAAUCGAUACGCGUUGGACAAACUGUUGGAGACUUUUUUGAAUACACUCCAAGUGACAUGGUUCAAAGAGGAAGUGGCGGCACUUUGCGGAUUUCGCCAACCGUGUACCACUUUACGGCAGUUGCUUGACGGCAGGUCAAAGUCGCUGCCAUCUAGUGUUUUGGAGGUAAUCGUGAAAUUUGUUGUGGAGAUACGAAGCAACAGCUCUUCGAGUAGCAACGAAAUGUGA